CGUCACGGAUCCCGGCUGCCACGGAAGCGUUAGCAUCAUUGCUAUCUUGUAGUUCCAGCUAUCGCGUUCAUUGUUGCGUAGAUCGUGUACGCGUUUUGUCAGGCAGAAUCAAUUUAAUCCCUUAAUCAUCCUUCCUGUGCGGAUAAAACUGCCUCGGUGUUUUUUUUUAAUCUUUCCCGAGCUAGCUUAGCCUAGCUUAGUUUAGCACCGUGUCGCGAGUGUGAGUGUAAAGUGUCGCGAUCGUGUGAAAAUGUGUCCAAAUGUCCAAAUGCUGAGAGCGUUGGUGAACCAGCGACUAGCUUUGGCUGUGGAAGAAAUAUUUGUAGUGUUGGAAAGAACCAUAGCAGAGUACGAGGAGGAACUUUGUCGAACAAAAGAGGAGAACGAGCGACAACGUCAACUACUGGACGCUGUUUCCAAGAAGCCCUCAACAGACGUCAGUGAAGAUGUUCCGACCGGCGCGGAGCAGGAGGAGACCCCCCACCUGAAAGAAGAAGAGGAGGAGCACGACGUCAGUCAGGAGGGAGAGCGUCUUGACGGACCGGAGGAGGCCGACGUCGGCAGUUUUCACCUGAAUCGCAUCAUCGUGAAGAGCGAAGACGAAGACGACGAGGAGGAGGCACCCGAGGGAGGCCUCCUGGCUCCGCUGUCAGAUAGCGAGGACACGACGUCGCAGACUCCCGACAGCGAUGAUGAAGACGCCAGAGCCGAUGUGACCGGUCUCACGGCCAACACGCACUUGGAAUGCUCUCAAUGUGGAAAAACCUUCAGCAACAAGGGAAAUCUGAAAAGACACGCGAGGAAUCACACGGGAGAGAAACCGUUCACAUGCUCACUGUGCGGUAAAAGAUUCUCCCAGAAUGCACAUUUGAGGAGACACACACAAACGCACACUGUGGAGAAGCAAUCCUGUUCCGUCUGCAACAGAAGUUUGUGCGACAGUUCGGCGUUGGAUCGUCACAUGACAAGACACCACGCCGAGGAACCGCUCACCUGCGCCGUCUGCGCGUUCACUUUUACACGAAAGUCAGACUUGAGGAGACACGCGAGGACGCACACCGGAGAGAAACCUUUUACCUGCUCUUUCUGCGGCGUCGGAUUUGCUGAAAAGGCGUGCCUGACAAAACACACGCGGAUACACACUGGAGAGAAACCACAUUCCUGCUCGGUGUGCAAGAAGAGCUUUCACGACAGCUCGGGGUUGGACCAGCACAUGAGAAGACACAGGAGGAAAAACCCCUUCUCCUGCUCAGUCUGCGGCUUGAGUUUCAGACGCAACGCGGAUUUGAGAAUACACGUGCGGAGGCACACCGGGGAAAAACCUUUUACUUGCUCCGUGUGCGGUAUCGGCUUUGUUCGGAAUCCAGAACUGAAAAGACACAUGAGGACUCACACUGGAGAGAAGGUGUUUGCUUGCAGCGUGUGUGACGAGAGGUUCUCCUAUAAGUACCAGGUCAACAAUCACACGUGUGCUGGGGGGAACAGCAGCAGGACUUCCACUUGAGGACUUAAGGGUGCUUUAGUUACAGCGCGACACACGCUUGGAUGUGAGAAGGAGGGGCGGAGGUUCCAGUGUUUGGUUGACUGGGGGCGGGUCCUCUUGGACUUCCUGUUCCCUUUAUCCUUUAUCCCGCUCUUGACUGAAAUAAAAGUAGAACAUGUAAAUUAGUGAAAUACAGAAAUAAAAUGUCAAGGACUUACAUGUGGAAAAAAAUUACAAAAAAAUAAAGUGUAAA